ACUCGUGUUAACAAGAGACAAUAACAAAAACAAAAGAUGGAAGAACGACCUCAAAUAGGAUGUGUCGAGGAUUUAGCCACAUUGACCAAACUGGAUGAACAGAUUUUAUUAGAAGAACUACAAGAGAGAUACAACAGAGAUUUAAUCUAUACGUAUGUUGGUGAUAUUUUGAUUGCAGUAAACCCUUUUAAAGAUAUUGGUAUUUAUGGUAAAAAGGAAACAGAAAAGUAUAAAAAUGCUAAGAAAAGUUCCAAUCCACCCCACAUAUUUGCUGUUUCUGACAUGGCGUUUCAAUCUAUUUCUGGAUAUGGUGGUUUACUUCCUAAAGAUCAAUGUAUUUUAAUCAGCGGAGAAAGUGGAGCCGGUAAAACAGAAAGUACCAAAUUGAUAAUAAAACAAUUGAUAGAACUAAGCCAUGGCAAUAGUCAAAUAGAACAACAAAUUUUACAGGUAAAUCCAUUAUUAGAAGCAUUUGGUAACGCCCAAACUCUGAUGAAUGAUAAUUCCAGUAGAUUUGGUAAAUAUAUACAGCUUCGAUUCCUCGAUGGACAAGUCAAAGGUGCCAAAAUAUCCGAGUAUUUACUCGAGAAAUCCAGAGUCGUUGGUCAACAUGAAAAAGAAGAAAAUUUCCACAUAUUUUAUUAUUUAUUCGCUGGUCAGAGAGAAAACACUACCACCAAUUUACACCUGAAGGAUCCAAAUAAAUUUCGAUAUUUAACAAAUGGUGCCGAGCAUUUCAACUCCGAUUUACCACAUCUAGCCAAAGAGUACAGGGAAUUGCUAAAUUCUAUGGAUUUGGUUGGAUUUACCGAUUCGGAACAAGAAACACUGUUUACAAUGAUAGCUGGUAUUUUACAUCUUGGUAACAUCAAGUUUGAAACAAAUGAAGAAAAUGAUGAAACUUUAGUAUCAAAUCCUGGUGAUGAUCUACAGACAGCCGCUAGUCUGUUAAAUAUAGAUGCUGAUGAAUUACAGAGCUGUUUGACUUCUAUGAUUGCAGUGGCAGGUGGAGAGUACAUGAAAAUCAACUACAGCAAAUCGAAAGCUGCAGAUUGUCGUGAUGCCUUAUCUAAAGCAAUAUAUGGACGAUUAUUUGGUUGGAUAGUUAAUAAAAUAAACCAGCUAUUGGCUCCGGAACAACUUUCAUAUAGACAAGAAUACCGAGAAAUAGGUAUUCUUGAUAUAUUUGGUUUUGAACAUUUUGAGAAGAACAGUUUUGAGCAAGCCUGUAUCAACUUGGCCAAUGAACAACUUCAGUUCUUUUUCAACCAGCAUAUAUUUAAAAUGGAGCAAGAAGAAUACAUGAAAGAAGGAAUUGAUUGGACAGAAAUUGAAUUUGUAGAUAACAAACCUCUACUGGAUAUGUUUUUGAUCAAGCCAGUCGGGAUUAUAUCACUAUUAGAUGAGGAAUGUCAAUUUCCUAAGGCCACCAACAAAACAUUUGUAGAAAAAUUAAAUCAAAACUUUCAUAAACAUCCAAACUUUCAAAAAUCUCAUCAGAGCACGUCACCGUUAUUUACCAUACAUCAUUACGCUGGAAAGGUAACCUACGACACAAAUCAAUGGUUAGAGAAGAAUAGAGACACUCUACCAGAAGGAAUUUCAGAUAUUAUGAAAAGUAGUAAAAAUAAACUCAUCAAGACUUUGUUUCAAGUGAAAGUUAGUCAAGACGCCAAACGAAAAGCAACAGUUGGAACCAAGUUUAAGAGAUCAUUGCACAUGUUAAUGGAGAAAAUGACCAGAUCCUCCCCAAUCUUUGUCCGAUGUUUAAAACCAAACCACAAUAAACGAGCCGGGGAGUUUAACAAUGCCUAUAUACAGGCCCAGUUACUCUAUACCGGUAUGUUAGAAACUACCAAAAUCAGAAGAGAAGGUUUCGCUAUUAGACCACCUUUUUCGGAGUUCGUAGAGAGGUAA